AUGGCGGACGCAUCAUCCAUAUCUUGUUCUUCUUUGAUCAAAGCUGGCAACACAGCUGUUGUCACUGGUGCCAGUAGUGGCAUUGGCCGGGCAGCAUGCUUCGAAUUUUCCAAGGCCGGCAUGAAUGUGUUCAUGGCAGACAUUGAUGAAGAAGAGUUAAAGGCAGCUCAAGAACUUGUAAAGUUGACUUCCACUAACGCCAACGCCAAGAUUGCUAUUCAAGUAGUCGAUGUCGCUGAUGCCGCAGCCGUAGAAUCCUUUGCCGAGGCAGUCUUUGCCGAUGGAGGUAAAUGCCACAUUUUGAUGAACAAUGCCGGAAUUGGCCAAGGUGGUGGAGCCAUGACGGACAUGUCGACAGUCCAGAAGGUUAUGAAUGUCAAUACCUACGGACCCAUGCAUGGAUGUGUGGCCUUUGUCCCCAAAAUGAAAGCCUCUGGGGAGCCAGGAAUCAUUGUGAACACAGGCUCAAAGCAGGGGAUUACGAUGCCGCCAGGAAACCUUACUUACAAUGUCAGCAAGGCUGCCCUCAAGGCCUACACGGAAGGAUUGGAACAUGAACUCAUGAAGGCUCGGAUCGACGAGGGCGGAAGACUGCGAGCGGCCUUGCUGAUCCCUGGAUGGGUCAAUACCUCCAUUGUAUUGAAGAGUAUGCGAUCGGCUGCUCUUGCCAAGGGAGACGCAUUCGAUGUGAAUUCUGUCUUUUUCCAUGAAGACAAACCCGCUGGUGGGGCUUGGAUGCCCAAGCAAGUGGUCGACUUUAUGAUUGCAGAACUGGACAAAGGAAGGUUCUAUAUUGUUUGCCCGGACAAUGAUGUAGAUCGAGAAACUGACAAUCUGCGCAUGACAUGGACGAUGCAAGACAUCACUCAGGAUCGUGCACCGCUCAGUCGUUGGCAUCCGGACUACAAGGACAAGUUCACUGAAUAUGUCGCUGCCAACAAGAAGUGA